UUAGAGAACUCCAGUACUGGGCCUGCAGUGAAGAGAUUUUCUAGAGGAAGAAAAUCCAGCUUAAGUCAGCCAAGAACAGAUGAUGACAACUCUGACACAGAGAAAACAGAUGACAUGAGCUAUCUUAAGAAUGUGUGUUUGAGGCGCCGUGCUUCUAGUUUAGACAUCUGCAUAGAAGAGUCCUCUAUGGAUUAUUUACCAGUGGGAAAUCCAACCUUGAAUUCCAUGAUUGAAGCUCCUGAAUCGGAACCCAUUUCCCCUGUGGAAGAUGGCUUAAAUAGGUGCAACAAUGAUGAACGGAUGGGUGUUUAUGUGAGCCAGAGUCCCUCAAAAGAUGAAAUUGUUCCAUUUACAAACCUGUCUCAGGUAUCAAGUUCAACCCCUGAGCCCAAACCAAAGCAAAUGGCCAAAGGCAAAAAUGAGUUGCGUCCAGGUCGAGAGAAGGCUAAAAAAGGCAGAGCAGAGGGAGGAGGUACUGUCCAGUUGAAAAAACCUUGGGAAAAGCCAAAACCAAGGAGUAGAUCCAAGAGUAGAGAGAGGGGUACAAGCAAGUCAGGAGCCUCUAAAGACACAAUGAAUAGGUCUUUAAAUUCAGGUGAUGCGUAUGACUUUGUCUUUGAAGAGAGUAUACACGUUACUCCAUUCCGUCAAGGCAAGCAGAGCAAAAAUCCAGAAGAGAAUGAAGACUCAGUAAAAAACAGUAGCACUAGUGAAGAAGAAGAAUUGGAUGACAGUUUAUAUUUGCCUUAUAAGUCAAGAAAUCAAAGCCAUGAGAAAAACGCAGUUUCACUUCCUUUAAGGCCCAGAUCUAAAAGAAGCAAACUGGGGAAGUCAGCUGAGAAGAAGGAAAAUAGAAGAAGCGAUCAGUUUAAACAAGAUAUCAGUAACGCAAAGAAAAAUCGAAGAAUUAGUAUGAAUGGUCAAGGAGAGAAUCCUCAAACCAGAUUAAACAAAACUGCAGAGCCAGAGGAAAGAAACAAAGAGAACACCUUGUUAAAAUAUGCAUAUAAGGAUGUAAAAGUGGAACAUAGCAUAGACAUCCACGUGGAUCAAGAUAAUUUAAUUUUCCCUGCAGACAAAAGUUUAGGAAGCAAAGAAACAAAGAAACAUUCUUUUCCAUUUUCA